UGAGUGGACACAACUCACAGGAGCACAGGAGUUGUGGUUCAAGGAGGCAAAGCUCAAUUCGACGACAUUUCCUUUCUCUUCGGCUCUUUUUGGUGAAACUUCCCGCACAUUUUCCGUGGAGCAAAGUGAUGAUUAGACUUGACUGCAAGGCGCCAUCAGUGAACUUUACAGCAGCAUCUCAGUGGGCAGGUGCAAAUAGAUGCUUGCCUGCAGGGAAGGAUUUUGUGCACAUCUAAGGUGUUCUUCCACUAGAUUCACCAAUUUUUUUUUUUUUUUUAACUGAAAGACUCACUUGAAGCUUCUUUCCUGCAGCGUCUUGUGACUUUAAGACAAUGUUGAUGAAGGAGUACCGCAUCUGCAUGCCCCUCACCGUGGAGGAGUACCGGGUCGGGCAGCUGUACAUGAUCAGUAAGCACAGCCACGAGCAGAGCGAACGUGGGGAGGGGGUGGAAGUUGUGCAGAAUGAGCCCUAUGAAGACCCUGAGCACGGUGCGGGACAGUUCACCGAGAAACGGAUCUACCUAAACAACAAGUUGCCAAGCUGGGCAAGAGCGGUGGUGCCGAAGAUUUUCUAUGUGACGGAGAAGGCUUGGAACUAUUACCCGUACACCAUUACAGAGUACACGUGCUCUUUCCUGCCCAAGUUCUCCAUCCAUAUAGAGAGCAAGUAUGAGGACAACAAAGGGAGCAAUGAUAAUAUAUUUGGCAGCGAGCCUAAAGACGAGGAAACAGAGGUGUGUUGUGUUGACAUCGCCUACGACGAGGUUCCUGAACGCCACUACAAGGAGUCCGAGGACUUGCGCUACUUUAAGUCGAGGAAGACCAACCGAGGCCUCCUGGAGGAAGGAUGGAUCAACACCCAAGACCCCAUCAUGUGCUCCUACAAGCUGGUCAGCGUCAAGUUUGAAGUGUGGGGCCUGCAGACACGAGUGGAACAGUUUGUACACAAGGUAAUCCGAGAUGUCCUUCUGUUGGGACACAAGCAGGCAUUUGCCUGGGUGGAUGAGUGGGUAGACAUGACAAUGGAGGAGGUCCGAGAGUACGAGCGUGCCACCCAAGAAGCCACAAACCUCAAGAUCGGCACCUUCCCUCCAGCCAUCGCCAUUACAGACACCCCACUGUCAUCCAGCGCCCGCAGUGGCCCAAACAGCGCCCCGUCCACCCCUCUCUCCACCGAAGCCCCCGAGUUCCUGUCGGUGCCAAAGGACCGUCCCAGGAAGAAGUCCGCCCCAGAGACCUUGACCCUGCCGGAUCCGCAGGGCCGCCGGGAUUCCAUUUUCAAACUUCCCAGCUUCUUCUCAUGGAACGCCAGUCCUCAGCCCGAAUGAGAGCGCGUGAGACGACCGUCCCAAAUGUGUAAACCGCACUCUCCUCUUAAUAAAGCGGAGGAUGCCUGCCUGCCCAGCACAUCCUAUAAUGCCCCAUCAGCCAGCCAGCUGAAGGAGACUUGACAGAAUCACCGGCUGGUGUUACAGCAGAGCCUGCAGACAGGCGAGGCUGACGUCCUGCAGUUCCUUCAAAAUGGAUGGAGACUCCACACUGGUCCUUAAAAAGUCCAGUAAAGUCAGCCAGUGAGCACCACUUAGCCUAAUUAUGUGUACAAUACAUUCCUUUAAAUAAGCUCAGGGUGUUGGACGCUCAGUUAUUUUGUGAUUUUAAACACAUGAUGCACAUUUUGUGUUGUUUUUGCUUCAUGUGUGUGUAGUUGGGCCUGCAACUGUAACAUUUGACCUCUGUGGUUGCCACGCUGGGCUGUAAGGUGACUUUGUAUAGCUGUAAAUAGCAUUUCUAUAUCUUACUGUGAAUACACUCUUGAAGAAAAUCAUAAGACCGAGUGGGAAAUGACAAUUACAUUUUGGGCUGGUGGACUGUAACAGGCUUGUAAAUAAUAUAGUAAAUAAGAAGAAUCAGGAGACGGUACAGGAGUUGGCAAUAUUAUGAAAACCGCAUUUCAACUCAUUCACCUGCUCAUCAAAAGCUUAAAGAGGAACUGCUAAGGGUGUAACGGUACACAAAAAUUUCGGUUCGGUACGUACCUCGGUUUAGAGGUCACGGUUCGGUUCAUUUUCGGUACAGUAAGAAAACAACAAAAUAUACAUUUUCUGGUUAUUUAUUUACCAAAUUUGUAAACAAUGGCUUUAUCCUUUUAACGUUGGGAACACUAUAAUAAUUCUGCCCAUCCAUCCAUCCAUCCAUCCAUCCAUCUUCUUCCGCUUAUCCGAGGUCGGGUCGCGGGGGCAGCAGCUUAAGCAGGGAAGCCCAGACUUCCCUCUCCCCAGCCACUUCGUCCAGCUCCUCCCGGGGGAUCCCGAGGCGUUCCCAGGCCAGCCGGGAGAGAUAGUCUUCCCAGCGUGUCCUGGGUCUUCCCCGUGGCCUCCUACCGGUUGGACGUGCCCGAAACACCUUCCUAGGGAGGCGUUCGGGUGGCAUCCUGACCAGAUGCCCGAACCACCUCAUCUGGCUCCUCUCGAUGUGGAGGAGCAGCGGCUUUACUUUAAGCUCCCCCCGGAUGACAGAGCUUCUCACCCUAUCUCUAAGGGAGAGCCCCGCCACUCGGCGGAGGAAACUCAUUUCGGCCGCUUGUACCCGUGAUCUUGUCCUUUCGGUCAUGACCCAAAGCUCAUGACCAUAGGUGAGGAUGGGAACGUAGAUCGACCGGUAAAUCGAGAGCUUUGCCUUCCGGCUCAGCUCCUUCUUCACCACAACGGAUCGAUACAGCGUCCGCAUUACUGAAGACGCCGCACCGAUCCGCCUGUCGAUCUCACGAUCCACUCUUCCCCCACUCGUGAACAAGACUCCGAGGUACUUGAACUCCUCCACUUGGGGCAAGAUCUCCUCCCCAACCCGGAGAUGGCACUCCACCCUUUUCCGGGAGAGAACCAUGGACUCAGACUUGGAGGUGCUGAUUCCCAUCCCAGUCGCUUCACACUCGGCUGCGAACCGAUCCAGUGAGAGCUGAAGAUCUUGGCCGGAGGAAGCCAUCAGGACCACUUCAUCUGCAAAUAGCAGUGACAUAAUCCUGCAGCCACCAAACCAGAUCCCCUCAACGCCUUGACUGCGCCUAGAAAUUCUGUCCAUAAAGGUUAUGAACAGAAUCGGUGACAAAGGGCAGCCUUGGCGGAGUCCAACCCUCACUGGAAACGUGUCCGACUUACUGCCGGCAAUGCGGACCAAGCUCUGACACUGAUCAUACAGGGAGCGAACUGCCACAAUAAGACAGUCCGAUACCCCAUACUCUCUGAGCACUCCCCACAGGACUUCCCGAGGGACACGGUCGAAUGCCUUCUCCAAGUCCACAAAACACAUGUAGACUGGUUGGGCAAACUCCCAUGCACCCUCAAGGACCCUGCCGAGAGUAUAGAGCUGGUCCACAGUUCCACGACCAGGACGAAAACCACACUGUUCCUCCUGAAUCCGAGGUUCGACUAUCCGGCGUAGCCUCCUCUCCAGUACACCUGAAUAGACCUUACCGGGAAGGCUGAGGAGUGUGAUCCCACGAUAGUUGGAACACACCCUCCGGUUCCCCUUCUUAAAGAGAGGAACCACCACCCCGGUCUGCCAAUCCAGAGGUACCGCCCCCGAUGUCCACGCGAUGUUGCAGAGUCUUGUCAACCAAGACAGCCCCACAACAUCCAGAGCCUUAAUUCUGCCCAAAAAUAGAAAUAGCUCUGUGUGUGUUCCAAUUCAAUUAUUUAGUGUCUCUGGAUCUAGCUCAGAUAAUACAGUUCUUGGAGAAAGGUUUUGGAGAGUAGAGCAGUACAGUCCAUGUGCUGCGGUUAAGGGUGAAAAUGUGUAGAGGGUUGGCUCGAGAGCCUCCUACCAGCCCAGACAGAACAGGUGGCGGGGUUCCUGGCUGGAAUCUCCCAAGAACGAUCCUUGGACUAGAUGCUUUUUUUUCCUUAGCUCGCCAUCAUAAAGAGAAGCCUGGCCUGUGUAAGAACCAGGACCAUCCUUAUAAAUCAAUGUGUACACAAAUCAAAUAUCUUCAUUAAAAGGGGAACAUUAUCACAAUUUCAGAAGGGUUAAAACCAUUAAAAAUCAGUUCCCAGUGGCUUAUUUUAUUUUUCGAAGUUUUUUUCAAAAUUUUACCCAUCACGCAAUAUCCCUAAAAAAAGCUUCAAAGUGCCUGAUUUUAACCAUCGUUAUAUACACCCGUACAUUUUCCUGUGACGUCACACAGUGAUGCCAAUACAAACAAACAUGGCGCAUAGAACAGCAAGCUAUAGCGACAUUAGCUCGGAUUCAGACUCGGAUUUCAGCGGCUUAAGCGAUUCAACAGAUUACGCAUGUAUUGAAACGGAUGGUUGUAGUGUGGAGGCAGGUAGCGAAAACCAAAUUGAAGAAGAAACUGAAGCUA